GAUCAUCACAUCAAGAGAAAGCCAUAUUAGCAUUCUUAAAUCUCCAAUUCGCAUUAAAACAAAAAUCAUCUACAUAUACAAACUCAUAAAAUGAAGUACUUCUUUACUGCUGCUCUCGUUUCAUCAGCCAUGGCUGCCUAUGUUCCUUCCGAACCAUGGUCCACUUUGACUCCAAGUGCUCCAGCUCCUUCCGGUGCCACCACUGACCACACCCAACAAUUCGGUAUUCAAAUUCAAACUGUCUCCUCUGCUUCUGCUGCAAAGAGAGAUGCUGUUAACCAAAUUGGUGAUGGUCAAAUUCAAAAGCAAACUUCUGUUACUUUAGCUGUUCCAACCACUACUGCUAAGGUCAUCAACCAAAUCGGUGACGGUCAAAUCCAACACCAAACCGCAUCUACCGCUCAAGUCAUCAACCAAAUUGGUGAUGGUCAAAUUCAACACCAAACCGCUUCCACUGCUCAAGUGAUUAACCAAAUUGGUGACGGUCAAAUUCAGCAUCAAACUGCUGCUCCACCAACCCCAACCACUGCAUCUGUUGUCAACCAAAUCGGUGACGGUCAAAUCCAACAUCAAACCACUGCCACUGCUUCCGUCAUCAACCAAAUUUCCGACGGUCAAAUCCAACAUCAAACUACUUCCACUGCUUCUGUAGUCAACCAAAUCUCUGAUGGUCAAAUUCAACACCAAUCUUCCACCGUUUCUGUUGCAUCUCAAAUCACUGAUGGUCAAAUCCAAAAGCCAUCUGGUGCUCCAUCUACUGAAGACCCAGAUUCUCACGGUGCUGGUAUUGCUUGUUUGACUCCAAACUCCUUGACUAUGACCUUGAAGGACGGUAUGUUAACUGACUCCCACGGUAGAGUUGGUGCCAUUGUUGCCAACAGACAAUUCCAAUUCGACGGUCCUCCACCACAAGCCGGUUCUAUCUACGCUGCUGGUUGGUCUGUUACUUCUGAUGGUUUGUUGGCUCUUGGUGACAAGACCAUUUUCUACCAAUGUCUCUCUGGUGACUUCUACAACUUGUACGAUGAAAACGUUGCUGCUCAAUGUUCUGCCGUUCACUUGUCUGUCAUUGACCUUGUUCAAUGUUAAAUCAUCAAGUGAUUCGCUUCCCACUGCGUUUCUCGUGCAUUUUGUAUAUUAGUUUUUUAAAAAAUUCUUCACGUUUUUUUACUUCGGUUUAGCAUAUAAUAAUAUGAAUCUUUAUUAUAAA